UACCUGCAGGUACUUUUCAGAGCUGGAGCAACAGUUCGGUCUUACUACCGUUUUAAAACAUUUUUCUCAAAGAGAAAGCUUAUUCAAGGUUAUGGCUUUCUAAUCAGCCUUCAUCUCUGGUGAAAUAAUGAAUGAAGCAAGUGGGAAAGACUAGACUUCACAUCCGUCUCCUCUUGCAUACGGAGCGGCGGAGGUUCCGCAUGGUUCCGCCCAGUCGUGGUGGUCAGUCAUUAAUUAGCAGAGUCUCUUCCGGUAACUCUGAGCCCAGUCCACUUUACUUGCUUUCUUCCGGGUUAAACACCACUCUCUGCUACAUUCGGUCGCCGGUUCAUGUUAACUCUGCUACCUGUUCACUAUGCGAUAUGAGGAGUUAACAACCCUUGUUUCAGAUCUGGAAACGUUCCUCAAUGAUGGAUUAAAAGGAGAAAAUUUGAGCAAGAAGGCAAAGGAGAAGAAGGAAGCCUUCAUCAAGCGGAUUAAAGAAGUUAAACUUGGUUUUCCACAAGACUUCAAAGAGAAAAGCGGAGAAGAUUCAGGAGAGGAGGACGAGUCUGACAGCCACAAUGACGGAGGGUCGAUGCAUUCAGAGCGCACCGACAAGGAUGAGGAGGCCAGUGAAGGUGUCCAGCAGGCUCCUGCCAUAGCAGCACAGGAUCUGCCGUAUGUGUUCAAAGCUGGAUACCUAGAGAAACGUAGGAAAGAGCACAGCUUCUUUGGAACAGAGUGGCAGAAGAGAUGGUGUGCCCUGAGCAGUAACACAUUCUACUACUACGGAAAUGAAAAGGACAAACAGCAGAAGGGUGAAUUCUCGAUUGAUGGCUAUAUUGUCAAACUGAACCACACCUUAAGGAAAGAUUCAAAAAAGGAAUGUUGCUUCGAAAUUUCCGCUAGUGACAAGCGAGUAUAUCAGUUUUGCGCAUCAUCUCAGAAAGAGGCAGAGGAAUGGGUGAAACAGAUCGACUUUGUUUUGAGAGACAUGUCGGGCAUUAUACCUGAAGACGAGGAUGAAGAGCAGGAGAUAUACGAUGACGCUGAGUCGCUGUCUCCGCUGCCCAUCGACGAGGACAUCUAUGAAGAACUUCCAGAGGAGGAUUUGCCUUCUCUUCCAAAGCCUCCUCCAAAGUUGGAGACGACAAACAAGCCUGCUCCUCCUGUUCCAGUUGAUAAGAGCACCGACUACCCCAACUUCUACCAGAGUAAGUGGGAUUGCACAGGAGACAUAUCGGAUGAGUUGUCCUUCAGGCGUGGUGAUGCCAUUUAUAUCCUGAGUAAGGAAUAUCAGAACUUUGGUUGGUGGGUCGGGGAGCUUCAGGGCAGUGUUGGCAUCGUCCCCAAGGACUUCCUCAUGCAGCUUUAUGAAGUUUAACACGUGGAGGACGGCCUGAAGAAAGGAAUUGCAAAUCCUUUGGAGAAAUGUACUGAAAUUGCUCAUUACCUUGUUUCUUUUGCAGUUGGUGAGGCUGAAUCAAGUGAAAAUAUUUUUCUUAUUUUGUCACAUUUCAUUUUGCACUGUUUUGACCGCACAUUCCCUUUUCUGAUCCAUGCAAACUGUGACUUGUAACUCGUAAACAUAUGUAUAAUAUGCUUUCAAUAAAGAUGUAAGCAAGG